GUAUUGCUUUGCAUUUAAUUACUUUAUCGGAUGGAAUAAAUGAAUUACAAUACAAAUUGUACAGUUUUCAAUUUGAAUUCAUAGAAGACGAAACGAGUUCAUCAUUAAUCAUAAACUCGAUAAAUUCUCUUAUAUAAUAAUUAUGUAAGAACACAAUGACUACAACAGAAAGUAUGUCAAGCAAUCCCAAUCAAACAAUCCCUUACCAACCAGAUCCAUUACAAUCGAAUCCAUUUUUGUCUAAAUUAGCUAAAACCUUUCAUGUAUCCAGUAUACCAGUAGCUAUUUUUAUUCUUAUAUCCAUAUGUAUCUGUUCUAUUACUAUACUCAUAAUGACAAUUCUAUGCAUUCGAACAUUUAUUCGUAAAAAAUAUAUACCAAAACCACAAAAGAAAAAAGAAAAACCAAUAUUUGUUGAUGAUAUACCAGGUCUACCGAAAUCAACUGAAUCGCUUCUUGAAUAUGGUAGAAUUGAAUAUGCAUUGAAUUAUAAUCUAGAGGCUGAAGAAUUAGAAAUCUGUGUCAUUCAAGCCAGCAAUCUAUUGGGUAAUUCUGGACAAGAAAAAUUAAGCACAUAUGCUGCUAUCUCAUUGAUUAAAUAUGAAAAGAAUGAAAGUGUGAACGGUAUUCACGGGAGUGGUAAACAUGUUAAACCAAUAGGCAAACAAUAUAAAACUGAUAUUAUACAUCAUUCAGAUCGACCAUGUUGGAAUCAAUCAUUUGUGUAUAAAAUUGCUCAAAGAAAAUUAGAAACAGCUGUUAUCAUCUUGGAAAUAUUUGACUACAAUGAAAAUUAUAUUGAUACAAGUUUAGGUAAGCUAGAAAUCCCGUUGUGUGAAAUAGAUCAUAGUGAGUAUGUUGGAAAGAUAUUAGAAAAAACUGACUGGUUAUUAAGCGGUAAUCCAAAAGACUCAGGACUCGGUGAAAUAUGUGUUGGUUUAGGCUAUUAUCCAAACAGUUCACGGAUUGAUGUUUGUGUAUUCGAAGCAAGAAGGUUAAUUUUAGAUAAUUAUUUAGAACAAUCAAAAAGUCGUUUUAUGAAAUUACCUGUCACAGAGUUAGAUAUUGCUGUUCAACUGAAAUACCAUAAUCGUUUAUUACAGAAAAGUAAAACACAAACACGUAAAGAAUUGACCAAUCCAUAUUUUAAUGAGAAAAUCAGUUUUCAAAUUAAAGAAAAGCAUAUUAAAGAUGCCUAUGUGGUAUUUCAAUUAAGACAAAUUGAAAAAUGGCGAUAUAAUCGUAUACUUGGUGAAGUUCAUAUUGGUUCUGGUGCAUCACAGUUGAAAGGUGUAAAACAUUGGGAUGAAAUGCUUAAAACUCCAUCAAAAUUACAUGUUAGAUGGCAUCCAAUUUUUCCAAAUGUAUCAAAAAUGAAUCCUCCGUUUGUUGACUGGCUUAUUAUUGAUCGUUUCCCAUAGAAGUUAUCUGUACCAUUUUGUUAAUUGUUUGUGUUUCUUUUUUGUUGAUUUGUUUUCUGUAUUUGUCG